AUGGUUGAUGGACCUUAAAUUGGCUUGAGGCUUACAAGAGCAUUUUUUGCAAUUAGAUUCGUGCUAGUUUCAACGAUAGGGUCGUUUUGCUUAGGCAUAAUUAGGGUCGGGAGGUAGGCGGUCAUGGCGGGUCAUCUAUUGAUGCCUAUGAAUUAAAGCCGCACUAUUUCACUCAUCUAAUUGCAUUCAUUCGCAUAUGUGAAUGAUCCCUAAAUUUUGCCCUUUUUUGCCUUGCUCAAACACUAAGCUGCUAUGCAUCAAGAUACUCAAUUGUAGAGACUUAUUUCUUUUUUCGGUAGUUAUUAUUUACAAAUUUUGACAUUUGAUUUUUUUUAUCAAAAUUGUCGAUACAUAAUUCGUAGGAAUGCAUUGAAAUCAAAUAUACCUAUCCAAUCACCAUUUUAUGAUGAAAAUAGUUUAGGAAUUAUUUUGCAAAAAGUAAUAGAAAAUAUAAUCAUUUCAAUAUUUAUAUUCUUAUUUACAAAUAUGCAAGGACACUCAGGAUUGCAAGAGUAAGUCAACAUCUGUCUUCAAGGUUUGGAUCAAGAGCUAGAAAAAUCCUACAUUAAAAUUGAUGAUGCCAUUGCUUCUUUUGAAGACUUGCUUCACUUGUAACCGCUUCAAAUUAUGCACUCAUAAAUUCAUGAACAACCACUGAAAACUAACCCUUUCACAGUACAACUUCACUUGCAAGACAUUAUCAUUCAUGAAGUGAAUUAGAUUCAACAACAUAAGAAAUUAGAAACAUAAGAGUAACAAGUAAAAGAGGAAGAACAAGAAAUUAUACAAGCUUAUGUCAGAAAGCAAGAUAUGUUUGAAAUAUUGACUUAGAUUACAAAUAUCUCAGAUGAGUCAUAUCUUAAUGAGAUAUUGGAAAAGCUCAGGUAAGACAAAAUAACAGAUUCCCUAGAAUAUCUAUGUAGUCAGAGCAAUAAACAAUAAUCUUAGUUGAAGUAUAUUCUUGAUCUUAUCAAAAAUAUAAGUGAACUUGACUUUUAUAAACAGAAUUACUCAAAAGAGGAAUAUUGGUUAAAAGAAGGAGAUCUAUAAUUUUUGAAAUUCUUAGUCCAUUUGACAGCAAUUGAUGAGAGAUUUAUAUAAUGUGGAUCGAAUUGCUUUAAUUUAUUGGUCGAAAUGAAGGUGGAUUUGAGAGAAUAAAGCUUUGAGGGUGUGAGGAUUAAAGAUACUUCAUUAGUAGGUGGAAAUUUUGUAAGGUGUAAUUUCAAUGGAUCAGAAUUUGAUAAUGUGGAUAUAAGUGGAAUGAACUUGAAUUAAGCUCAACUGUUCAAUUGUAAAUGGAAGAAUAUAAAAAUACAUGAGUUAAAUAAAUUAGAUGGCCAUUCUAGUUGUGUUAAUUCAGUCAAUUUCUCUCCUGAUGGUACUACAUUAGCAUCUGGUAGUUAUGAUAACUCUAUCCGUUUAUGGGAUGUUAAGACAGGAUAAUAAAAAGCCAAAUUAGAUGGUCAUUCUAGUUCUGUUAAUUCAGUCAAUUUCUCUCCUGAUGGUACUACAUUAGCAUCUGGUAGUGCAGAUUACUCUAUCCGUUUAUGGGAUGUUAAGACAGGAUAAUAAAAAGCCAAAUUAGAUGGUCAUUCAUAUGGAAUUCUAUCAGUCAAUUUCUCUCCUGAUGGUACUACAUUAGCAUCUUGUAGUUAUGAUAUGUCUAUCCGUUAAUGGGAUGUUAAGACAGGAUAAUACAAAGCCAAAUUAGAUGGUCAUUCAAAGGAAGUUUAUUCUGUCAAUUUCUCACCUGAUGGAAAUAGAUUAGCUUCUGAUAGUUGGGAUGAGUCUAUUCGUCUCUGGAAUGUAAUAACAUCAAACGAAAUACUCCAAUCAAAUAAUAGCUACAAAGUUCUGCUUACCUAGUUUAAAAUACCACUUCAGAAUAGCUCCUUAUUGCCAAAUAUUAAUUCUGAUCGUACAAUACAUAGAAUAUGUUAGAAUCCUUAAUUAGAAGCAUCAGGAACACUUAUAUUAAAAGGACAAUUUAUAAAUCAUUAAGGGAUCGAUUUAAAACCUUUAUUAAAAUCAAAAGGAAGUUGCUUUAUAGAAGUCUUAAAGCAAAAGUGAAUUUGAAAUAUUCAUC